UGUCCAGUGGUGGGCUGUCACAUAUUUACAGCUAGCCAGUAACAGCUGGUAGCUAGAGGAACAGUAACGCUGGGUUAACUAAAUGUAUGGUGUCCUGGCAUAGUUGAACUUUAGUCAGGGUGGCUGGCGUUAACUGUCCGUAUGACAUACAUUUUAAGGAUUUUAAUUUUGUUCACUUCAUGGCCAAAAACAAUCCAGCGAUUUUCCUGAUUUUCGAAGCACCGGUGGAGACUCAUUUUGGGGCUGAAGUGCCACCCAUCUCCCUGCCACUGUGAACCUGGACGAACAACGCCGCCUUGUGACUAGCAUCCAACAUGACAGGGGUUUGUGGUUGUUGCGGGGCACUCAGGCCUCGGUACAAAAGACUGGUAGACAACAUCUUCCCAGAAGACCCAGAGGAUGGGCUCGUGAAGGCCAACAUGGAGAAGCUGACAUUCUACGCCCUGUCAGCUCCAGAGAAGCUCGACCGUAUCGGAGCCUACCUGUCUGAGAGAUUGUCAAGGGAUGUGGCCCGACACCGAUACGGGUAUGUGUGCAUAGCCAUGGAAGCCCUGGACCAGCUGCUGAUGGCCUGCCACUGUCAGAGCAUCAACCUGUUUGUGGAGAGUUUCCUCAAGAUGGUGCGCAAGCUGCUAGAGUCAGACAAGCCCAACCUGCAGAUCCUAGGAACCAACUCUUUUGUGAAGUUUGCCAACAUAGAAGAGGAUACACCAUCGUACCACCGCAGUUAUGACUUCUUUGUGUCACGCUUCAGUGAGAUGUGCCACUCUAGCUAUGAGGACCCUGACAUCCGCACCAAGAUCCGCAUGGCAGGUAUCAAGGGCCUGCAGGGUGUGGUGAGGAAGACUGUGAAUGAUGAGCUGCAGGCCAACAUCUGGGACCCUCAGCACAUGGACAAGAUAGUCCCCUCUCUGCUUUUCAACCUGCAGAGUGGAGAGCGUACAGAGAGCCGCUCCCCCUCUCCGCUGCAGGCGUCGGAGAAGGAGAAGGAAAGCCCGGUGGAGCUGACGGAGCGCUGCUUCAGGGAGCUCCUGGGACGAGCCGCCUAUGGCAACAUCAAGAAUGCAGUCACACCCGUGCUGAUGCACUUAGAUAACCACUCUUUAUGGGAGGGGAAGACCUUUGCAGUGCGUUGCUUCAAAAUCAUCAUGUACUCCAUCCAGUCGCAGCACUCUCACUUGGUCAUCCAGCAGCUUCUCGGUCACCUGGAUGCUAACAGCAAGAAUUCAGCCACAGUGCGAGCUGGGAUAGUGGAAGUCUUGCUGGAGGCAGCUGCCAUCGCAGCCAGCGGCUCUGUAGGUCCCACAGUGUUGGAGGUGUUCAAUACCCUGCUGCGGCAGCUCCGUCUGAGUGUGGACUACGAGCUGACCGGAUCCUAUGACGGCAGCACCAACAUCGGUACCAAGAUUAUCAAAGCUCAUGAGGAGAGGCAGCUGCAGGAGGCUGUUAUCAGGACCAUCGGUUCAUUUGCCAACACUCUACCAACAUACCAGAGGUCAGAGGUCAUGCUCUUCAUCAUGGGCAAGAUCCCUGUCCCUGGGGUUCACCCAGCUCUGCCCUCCACAGGCUCUGGGGCUGAGGGUACCAGGAUGAUUCAGAUCAUGUUACUUAAGUCCUUGGUCCAGGUGACGGCAGGUUUCCAGACCACCAACAUGCUGACAGCACUGCCCAGCUCUUUCCUGGAGCCGCUGCUGUCCUUCUCUCUAACAGAGGAUCCAGAGGUUCGGCUGCUGGUGCUCCAAAUCCUUCUCAGUCUCAUCGACAGGCACGACAACACGCCCAAGUUCUCAAACAUAAGAAUCGUCUCGGACAUCUCUGUGCUCAAGCUUAAAGUUGACAAGUGUUCCAGACAGGACAACUUAUUCAUGAAAAAGCACGGCCAGCAGCUGUACCGACACAUCUACCUGGGCUGUAAGGAGCAGAGCAGCGGUCGGCAGCACUACGAGACCCUCUUCGCUCUGUUGGGUCUUCUCAGCGUGGAGCUGGCCAACGAAGAGGUGGUGGUGGACCUCAUUCGACUGGCACUCGCCUUGCAGGACCUGGCUCUGUCCACUGACGAGGCUCUGCCUGUUUAUAACCGCUGUGCUGUUCAUGCCCUUGCUGCUGCCUACCUCAACCUUAUCUGCCAGCUCACCACCGUCCCAGCCUUCUGCCAGCACAUACACGAGGUAAUUGAGGUGAGACAGAAAGAAAGUCCCCACCUUUUGCCUGAGGAUGUCUUCAUUGAUAAUCCCAAGCUGCCUUCACUGGAGAAGGUAGAGGGGGAUGUUUUGUUCCUCCAGUCGAAGAUCACCGAGGUCCUCGGAGGCAGUGGUUACAACACAGAGAAACUGGCUACGCCUUAUGUCCCCCAGUAUACUGAUGAGGACCGUCUGUCCAAGAGAAAGAGUAUUGGGGAAACCAUCUCACUGCAGGUGGAGGUGGAGUCCCGAAACAGUCCAGAGAAAGAGGAGAGGACACCAGCAGAGGAGAUCACAUUUGAAACCUUGAAAAAUGCCAUUGUGGACAGUGUGGGUAUGGAGGAGCAGGAGAGGGAGCGGAGGAGACAAGUGGUGGAGAAGUUUCAGAAGGCCCCCUUCGAAGAGAUAGCUGCUCACUGCGGUGCCAGGGCCACACUACUGCAGAGCAAACUUAAUCAGAUCUUUGAGAUUACAAUCAGACCCCCGCCCAGCCCAUCUGGAACCAUUUCUUCAGGUUACGGCCAAAGCCAGAGUCGAUCUGUACCCAUCUACGAGAUGAAGUUUCCUGACCUUUGUGUGUACUAGACCAGAAAGUCCACAGCAAAAUUACAGAACUAUUUAACAUUUGAGGACAGUAAAAGGGAUUUUUUUUGGGGGGGGGGGCAGCAACCGAUCCUCACUGUAAAGGCAUCUUGAUCAUGGAAUCAAACAACCACAGUGAAGAGAAAACCACAGUUGUUUGAAGCCAACUAAAGAACAAGCUACUUCUUGAUUAACUUAGCUGUCUGAAAUGACAAUUUUGCCCUGUGAUUGCAGCCAAAGCAAGCUGGCUAAUGUCAUUAAAUGCAGCAGUAAAACAAACAUUUAUUUCACUUAUUUUCCUCAGUUCUCCUUAGAUGCCUGUAGAAACUCCACUGGUUGGAUUUUCAAAUUAGAAAUUGCCAAGAACUGCGAGGACAAAUUAAAUGACAGACUGAAAGUUAUUUCAUUGGCUUUAGAAUGAAUUGACUCGUUGCAUGCCCUGUAACUGGACAUUUUUGAUAGCUGCAAUUCUUGGACAUUCUUUUGACCUGUUUGUCCCUUACAGGGUGCCAUACUACCCUUGAUCACAACAUUUUAUUGACCAAUCUUGCUAAUUUCUCAUGUCAUUUUAUGUUUUUUAUUUGUUUUAUUGUUUGUUGAUUUUAUGGCCAGGAAGAGCGUAUACAAUUAGAUGCAUUUUAAUUAACUUGACAGUGUUUUUUUGUGUAUGUUUGAUUGAAAUAUGGAUAAAUGUAUACAAAGCUAUUCCUUCCCAUCUCCCAAGUUACUCAGCUCUUGAACAUCUUGUCUUCAGUGUUUAAUGAUUUACCAUUUUUUUGUUUUCUGUUUUUAGUGUUAGCCAAAAGUGCUUUUUUGUUCAUGACGGGCAUUUAUUUCCUGCACCUAGUUUUUUGUUCUAAUUUAUUAUUUUGUUUUUAGCCGUGGUUAAAAUGAACUAUGACAGUCGAUCUGUGUGCUAUCCUCCCAAAGUGAGUGUGCCUUACAGGUGACUCAAGUUUAAACAUACACAAAAACACACACACUGCACCACAGUCACGUCCACACUAAACUUCUAAAGAUCUGAAGUGUUUACCGUGAUGUUUACCAGAUCAAACACUAGAAGAUAAUUAAAGAUCUUGUAUUUUCUUUCCUUUCCAUAUAAAUGUGUAUAUACAGAGAAAUAUAUAAAUCUUUAAGCUGGUGUACAGAGUAGGGAUGUUUUUGUGUGUAUUAUACUGUAUAUUAAUUCUAAUUUUAGACUGCCACUGCACUGAUUGUGUCCAUAGAUAAGGGAGAAAGCUACGUAGUUAAUAUUCAUAUACUUUUGUUAAAAUCGUGCUGUCAAAUAAGUAACAAGCAUCACAUGAAAUGAAAAAGACAAGGGUCUGAACAGCCCACAGCAGAAAUCUGCAACAUCUCGAGGCCAGUAGAUGACACUAGUGAAGUCUGAUUGUGUCCUGCUAAAGUAUUAAUGAGCCCAUCUGAUAGAUUCUUGGAAGAAAACAGGUUUGAAACUUACUUUCAACUUAAUUUCUAGCCACAGAUUUUGAGACAGGUUUUAACACCACAGUGUGACCAUGACCUGCAUUGUUGCCAUUACACCCUUAGUCCUGCUCGAAUGAGUUUGCAUUCUGUUUUUAUGCUGUACUGCUGCUGCUGCAGCAGCCUCCAAGCAGUGAAUCUGUCUCAUUCGGCCAUUUUUCAAGCCAUUUUGUGUGCACGUGUAUGUGCACAUACACACACAGAUAUAACAACGAAGUAUAAUGGCAAUAAUUUGGCACUAGCCUCGCUAACACGGCCCAACCGUUGGUAGCACAUCCUUUUGUGUGUUUUUAAUUGUACCUUCUGUUGUGGUGGUGCUGUGAUGGUUCAGUUUUGUGACAUAAGAGUUCCUGCGCUUCUGUGAAUUAACUGCAUCGGGUGUGAAACGUGUUGCAGCCAUCUUGCAACCAUCUUGUUUAAUGUAAUGUUGUCAUGUAUUACAGUCCAGUUAGUUGUUUGUUUUAUUAUUUUUUACAACGUAGUGUCCUCUAUGUAUAUUUAUGUCCACACAUCACAUGCUAGCGUAUCAUAUUGUUUAUCCUUUUUGUCAGUGCAGUUGUGUGUGAGUCAAUGAGUGUAUUCGUUCAUGUUUCUAUAUGAACAUUCAUGCAGAUUUGUGUGUCUUUAUCGUCAUUACCCAAGACCAAACACAGUUUACAGUUUUUGUCCAGUGACUCUUUCCACCAUGUUAGUGAAGAGCAAGCUAUCUAAGAGCAAUGUGCAGCUGUCGAAACCUUCCAGUGACACCUUGUAAAAUUGUCUUUUCAGCAUCUUGCGACUUCGCAGUGAAGACCUGUAAAUCUACCAGUGUGCUUGUUGUCAUUGCAUCGUGUAAUGUAAUAUUAACUGAUGGUAAUCCAAUCUUUCUUUUGUCAUUACAUGUCUGGUUAAUAGAUCUGUUUACAACGUAGUGCUGUAGGUCAAAUCUAUUCAUUCUGUGAACUUUGCACUUUAAAAACUGGAUUACCUAGUGACAAAGGCAGCUUUUACAUGGAGAAAAUGCCUUAUGAGUGUCAUACCUGACUUUGCAUGCUAGUGAUGUUGCUGUAUUGUACAAUAAAUUUAUCUGUAACCAUAA